CAGGGAUUUAACAAAAUUGCUCGCUAAUUCACACAUCUUCACGGUCCUUUGAUAUGCAUUGUCACCUUGUCAGUGCACAGCAUCAUGCACAUGAACAUUCUGCGAUCACUAAAUGUGUGCGCAUUGCUGCUGCUACUGCAGGCUCACCUCUCCACUCAGGACAUGGUCAGUUACGUUACAAGAAGCAGGAGAUCUGUAGCAGGAGACUCACAUGUUAAAGUGAAGCCGAUUAUCCGCUCUCUGCACAUCACAUCAGAUAUCAAGUACCGUUAUGCCACAACUCUGGUCUCCAGCAGGGUUGUCAACCCCUCAGAUCAGGCUGGCGAAGCUGUCUUCUACGUCACCCUGCCUGAGUCAGCGUUCAUCUCAGAGUUUCUAAUGGAAGUGAAGGACGAAGUGUACAAGGCCCAUGUGAAAAAGAAGGAUGAAGCCAAAACUGAGUACGACGAGGCUGUGCAGGCAGGCCAGUCCGCAGGGCAUGUAGUGCUGGAUGUCAGAGACUCAAACCAAUUUUCGGUUUCUGUGAAUAUCGAAGCUCAUGGAAAAGUAACUUUCAACCUGACCUAUGAACAGUUGUUGUCCAGAAAUCUGGGAGUUUAUACCAACACUAUCAACAUCAACCCUCAGCAGAUUGUGGGAGACAUGUCAGUGACUGUAAACAUUGAGGAGCCAACCACCAUUAACUACUUAGAGGUGAUUGGACUAGACGUUUCCAGUGGAUCUAUAGUUAAUAAACGAAACGUACUUGCAUUAAUAGAAGAAAAGAGUCCCAAUCACAAAUCAGUUGUUUGGUCGCCAACACCAGAAGAACAGAGAAGCGGAGACAUCGACGGACUCAGCUGUCAGUUUGUUGUCAAAUACGACGUAGAUAGGAAAGGCAAGGAGCAACAGAUUAUACUGGUGCAUGAAGGAUACUUUGUUCAUUUCUUUGCGCCUGAAAAUCUACCCCCGCUGCGGAAGCACGUUGUGUUUGUGCUGGACUACAGCAACUCUAUGCGUGGUAGAAAACGGGAACAACUUGAGGACGCCAUGUUUAAAAUUCUGUUUGACCUCGAUUAUAAAGAUUAUUUUAGUAUAAUAGUUUUUCAUGAUCAUACUGAGGCUUGGUCUCCUACAUCGAUAUAUUCAUCCGCACCAUGGGAUAAUGCUCAACACGUCUUAGACGGCAGCUUUGUGAUUGAGGCCACGCCUACAAACAUAGUUGCAGCUCAUUCUUACCUGAAACAAUAUACAUACCUUAGAUCGACAAACAUAAUGGCGGCUCUGAAAACUGGACUGCAAUUGGCCUCUAUCGGCUCUGAUUUAUGGGAGAAAGAGAGCGGUCCACCUCAACCAGUUAUCGUAUUCUUGACAGACGGACAACCUACCACUGGGGUUAGAAUCCCUGACACUAUCAUCAGUGACACCAAGACUCUCAACACUAACGAAAUCCAAAUAUUCUGCUUAGCCUUUGGGGAAGAUGCAGAUUUUGAUUUCUUAAAAAAGUUAUCACUAACUAAUCAUGCUUUUGCUCGAAAAAUAUACGAAGCAGCAGAUGCGUCUGACCAACUGAACAACUUCUACAAAACCAUCUCCUCACCACUGCUCUCCAACAUCACCUUCACUUACACGCCUGAUCAGGUUGACUAUUCUUCAAGGACUAAAGUUGAUUUUCUUGUAUUCUUCAAUGGAUCUGAAAUUGUGGUCGCUGGGAAAAUAAAUAACCAAAUAAAGGCCAAGGAAACUAUCGGGGAACUGAGCGGCCUCACUGCAAAUGGGCCAGAGAAAUAUCCCAUCGUCAUUGAUGUUAUGUCUAUCAUAUCUGUGACACGGAGCACCAAGAAUGUUGGUCACUUGGAGAAGAUGUGGGCUUAUUUGAAUAUACAGCAACUGUUGGACGAGGCCAAUUCAUUGGACCAACGUGACGAGAUUGCCAAAAUAAAAGAGAAAGCUCUUAAAUUGGCUUUGCAGUAUUCUUUUGUGACUCCACUCACUUCCCUUGUUGUCGUCAAGCCGAACGAGACCGAGUCUGCUGUGGACACGAUACCAGUGAGUCUCGCUCAGAAGAUGUGGCAACGCUGGCAGGUGCCCACCACGCCAUCGUAUCCGAGCCAGCCGGCUCAGAAGUGGCAACGCUGGCAGGUGCCCACCACGCCAUCGUAUCCGAGCCAGCCGGCUCAGAAGUGGCAACGCUGGCGGGUGCCCACCACGCCAUCGUAUCCGAGCCAGCCGGAUAGAGACCGUGUGCCCCGCUGGCCUCUUCCUGUGUUAUAUGUAGAAGACUACUCUUCUACAGUACCUCCGCCCCGUUGGCCACCAGCUCCAGAAAGUGGGCGAUACAUCCAUCCUGUCUGGGGUCAGCCCUACUGGCCUGAGAACGAUAUUAUAAGAAAGAUCAGCUUGGAUGAUAUCAAAUGGCUCCAUCCUCUCUCCACAAACCUUACCAGGGUCCCAGUAAAAGGAAGGGUGUUCAUCCUUGGCUUAAAUCAGACUGACUUAUCUUUUGGAACAUGUUCCGUGAUGGGCUUGGUUGGAGAUUGUCAUCACAUCCAGUAUUGUGCUCUCGAUAUCUUACAGUAUGGAGUCGAAUACUUUUUGCCUCUCCAAUGUACAAUCCCUGGGGACUUCUUGGGCGUGUGCUGCCCACAAGGUAUUGCUUGAAGUAGAUUCAUUCUUCUAGUGUGCUCAUCUGGAAUUUGCAUCAUUAUCUAUUUACAAAUGUCUAGUAUUUUAACAUUAUAUUAGUAAUAAUAAAGUAAUGUUUACAUCUUG